AAGUAGUACCCGAACACAAAGUCCAUCUUGCUCCGGAGAAUAUUAACAGAUUUAGUUUCCCCGCACUGUAACUCAAUGGAUGGAACGAGCUUCCCGAAUCUAUUGUAGAGGCUUGCAAUUAACCCUUCAAAGUUUAAGCAGAUACUAACCAAUGGGUCUCCAAUGUCAAAACUAAAGUAGGCUAUAUCCCACUCUAUCCACAAGUUGCGCACCUAAUGUGCCUUUUUAUAAGUCAACAACAUGAAGUUGGCGCAGAACUUGGAAGAAGAAAAAGAAGAACGGCAGCGGCGUGGUCCAUUGAUUUUUUAAGCAAGUCACCGUUGGAAAAGGCCUUUUGAAAAAUUGUCACCAGAUAUCUCAUGUUAUGAAUUUACUGACAAAUCACAUGACGUGAAAGAGAAAUAUCGAUUCAGGAGUACGAUACAAGUGCAUCAUUGUAAAUGAAGUGCGCCCUCUCGUGGUAUGUUUGUACACAUUGUAAUGAGGUACAUGUACAUGUACUGUCAUUUUGCACAGUGUUGUCCCGCAGAACCUCUAACGUAUUGUAACAUUUUUUUGGCUUUCAUCUGAAAUAAUGGCAUCCACAAGUCAGCCGGAUCAACAGGGGUCAUCAUCGGGUUCAAGUAUGCUGGAAGAAGUGGUGCGUUUAACCUGGGGAUCGCAGCUUAAAGAGGAUGUUUUUGCAAGAUGGUGUCCAGGUUUUUCCUUCAGCGAGCAUGAGCCCACCGCUCUUAUCCAGCACGAGGGCGGGCCGUGUGCCGUCAUUGCCCCUCUGCAGGCAUUCAUCCUGAAGGCGUUGCUCUUCCAAGGAGAACCCCCUGUGGAAUGGAGACAGCUCGACGGUGACCAGUGUCGUGCGCUCCUAUUGGCCGCCAUGACGGAGGUGCUGCAGACGGUCAGUAGCGGGGGCGGGUACUAUCUCGUCUUGAAGGCCGACAAACAGGAUACCAUCUUGGAGGAAGGGGCGGUGAUUGAGAACGUCGUGGAGGCGGCGCAGGGUGAAGGGAACAACCACCAAGUAUUCCACGCUGGAUUGAGGUUGCAACCGUUUGACUGCAUCGAGGAAGUGAACCGGGGCCUGGAGUCGACCCACGAGAUGUUUCUUGCCGACUGCGGCUUGCUUCUCUUUCUGUAUUCGGUACUUCUAACAAAGGGUUUAGACAAUAUCAGGGAAGAAGUCGAAGAUACCUCCGAGCCACUUAUUGACGGUGUGUACGGACAUGGAAGCCAAAGUCUAAUCAAUCUUAUGCUUACGGGUAGCGCAGUCUCAAACGUCUUUGACAACGAGAAAGAAGUCGCCGGUCUGAAAAUGAAAGGUAUUUGUCAACAGACCAACGUAGGAUUCUUGACUCUUCUAGAAAACCUCAGAUACUGUGAGGUCGGUGCGUUCCUGAAGAAUCCCCGCAAGCCCAUCUGGGUGAUAGGAAGUGAGACGCAUCUGACUGUAUUAUUCUCUCAGGAAGAGACUCUGGUCGCCGAGGAGACAGAGUGGGAGAAAGCUCGCCGGAUCUUCAGCAUGUACGACACAGAGGGUAGUGGCUUCAUCACCACCAUCAUGCUGAAGGAAGUACUAGACGCCUUGGGUCUUGCCACCAUGCCUGAAUAUGUUGACUUUGUAAAGCAGCGCUUGGAUCCUGAUGACUUCGGUGUUAUUCUCCUCAACUCCUUCAUAUCAGAGUUCUUCCCAAAUGAGCCUGAUCGGAUCAUUCCUGAAUAUUUCACCGUGUAUCACUACAACGGACUCAAGAGAUCUUGCCCUAACAGACAGUUGGCCUACGUGGAGGGCCGGGCCACCAUCCCUGACCCCAGCGAGCUGACUUGCCUGAGCGACGCUACGCCCAUCAAGAGCUGUAUCCGGACCAAAUGGCCCACCUUUGAGGUGGAGUGGAAAGACAAUGCAAACCCUUCCAUCAUCUGAAGCCACACCCCCUAAUAGACUGAUCCAUUAAGCCCCGCCCACUGCACAUGUCAAGCCACACCCCCUAAUAGACCAGUCCAUUAAGCCCCGCCCACUGCACAUGUAAAGCCAAACCCCCUAAUAGACCAAUCCAUUAAGCCCCGCCCACUGCACAUGUGAAGCCACACUCCCUUAUAGACCAAUUCUCUAAGCCCUGCCCUCUGUGCAUAUGAAGCCACACCCCCUGUGCAUAUGAAGCCACACCCCCUAAUAGACAAUUCAUUUAAGCCCCGCCCACUGCACAUGUGAAGCCACACCCCCUUAUAGACCAAUUCAUUAAGCCCUGCCCUCUGUGCAUAUGAAGCCACACCCCCUAAUAGACAAUCCAUUAAGCCCCGGCCACUGCACAUGUGAAGCCACAUACCCACUGCACAUGUUAAGCCACGCCACGUAAUAAACCAAUUUGUUUAGCCCCGCCCACUGCACAUGUAGGCAAUAACAGGUGUGCAUCAUAUAUUCAUACACACACAAAUGUGCAUGGUCAUUAAAUACACAGUUGUGAUAGAUCAGGUGGUGUGGGUCUUAAUGGUUCAGUGUAUUGGACAUUGCUAGCUAGUUUAACAGUCAGGUAGACAUGCUUUUGUAAGGUUUUGACAUUGCAGUAGGCUGGGAUCCAGACAUGUCAAAAUGAGGUCAUGAGGUCAUGUCCAGUGGGUGUUGCUUUCAAUGGCCACACCUUUUGAAAGGUGUUGCACAGUGUCAAUCACACAAAACGACAAUGCAAACCCCAUUUUAAUCUGAGGCCACGCUCCCAAAUGGAUAUCACUGCAGUAUGACUGUCAGGUAGACAUGCUUUUCAAAUGCUGGAAAAAGGUGCAUUGAUAUUAGAGAUAGCUGUGGAACUCAAGUGCUUAGCGUGAACAUAGUGUGCUAAUCACCACACCACCAAAUACAUGUAUGUUCAGCAACCGUGCAGUAGUUAAGGAAUACAAGGGUCUUUUGUUUUUAAAAGUUACUAUUAAACAUUAUUUAAAAAUGUAUGUACAUGUAAUAACCUGGGCUGUGCGUACAGACGCGUACUCCAGAUUUCAGUAUAGAUAUACAUGUAUAACACUUAGCUGAUAUGGGCACAAAACGGAGUAUCCAUAGCAAAAAUUGUGGUGCACUUGCAGUAGCCGAUUCAGAGGGGAGGGGGGGGGGACGGUGCAGCUGGUGCACGCCCCCUAUUUUAUGUUUUUUAAUUUUAAUUUUUUUGGGACUACUUCUUGCCUUUUUCCCCCGUUUCCUCUGCUGUCAACUGGUUAUUUAAUCACUUCAAAGACACAUUUUCACCCACACGAGCAAUAUUUGCCCGCUUGUAAGCUCGGGUUUCCCCUCCAUUUUCGGCCCCCUUUCCUUAACCAGUUCGUGCUGGGAUUAUUUUGACAAGAUUGGAACGAGGCGCGGGAUUGAUUUUCACUCGACCUCCAGCCAGGCGGGUUGAAGCCGUCACCCUCAAGCAGCACACUCGUAUUUGCGGCCCGCUUGCUGCGAGCGGGUCGCUGACAGAUAUUUCCGGCCUUGCUCCCUGUGUGUCUAUCCAUCAUCCGUUCCGAAUACCGCAAAACCUUUGCGCGUACACCUGUCAUCCGGCGCGAACUGGUUAAAUGCUGGUUCCGCCACUGACUUGGGAGACACUCCCUGAAGAUGUAGGCUUGCCCAUGGACAAUAUAUAUAAAAGGGGAAACAAAGGUUUUUAUCUGUCAUUUCCAAUAUGUACAGAAGCACAUGCCAACCCUGAAAUUGCUCAUUAUUCAUGAAACUUAACUGCAAAAAACAUCAGAUUUUAAGCCGCUUCCUUAAAAAAAUAUGACCUUCACUUUGAUAUUUUAAAUUUCCCUUUGAAUUUACAACAUUAACUAAUCAGUAUAGAAGUUUUGCUUUAUUGUUGUCGAAGUUCCGGUUGCAAAAAAAAAAUAUCUGUACAAUAGUGUUAAGUGAAUUCAAAACCGUUGCAGUGAUGCAACUAAAGUAUCUUGAAUGAUGACAUUCGCGAAAGGACCAUGGCUUAUUUGUUGCCGCCCAUUGGUCUUUGGAAACUCUUCAGAAUUGCAACCAAGAAAGACCUGCUGGACAGGGAUACAAAAAAUGUUAGUAGUUCUUUUAUAUUUUAUUUAGAAGCUUUGUAAGGAUUCUGUUAGUCGGUUUUUGAGUUGGUUAUUUAUGUUUUAAAUCUGUAACUUGUGUUUAAGGGACUUGUAAUCAAAUCGUUCAAUAGCAAGUCAGUCAUACUCGAUGAUGUAGUCCAGGUCAAAGGUAAUUCAGGAUUAUUGUGACGUGAUUAACACGUGUUAAGCCUAGUUCCAUAUCGAUGACUGCACCGAUAGUGCACAGAGCCGUCAACAGAAAUAUUACUUGACGAGCUCAAGCCUUUUUUUGUGCUUUUCCAGUUGAAAUACCGAACUCGCUUAUUCUAUCGCUACAUGUAUUAAAUUCACAAACCAAGCCAUAUUUGAAUAAGUUCCAUGAAUAAACACUUAGGUAAUUUGAAUAACUUGUGUCGUCACGUGAGACUAAAUAACUUGUUUUUGACUUGAUUACAAUAUUUGUUUUGUACCAGUGUAUUCAUUAAAAAGAGAAAAAAAAUGUGCUGAAUUUGCUGUAGUGUUAUGGUAACGAGGAUGGGUUCACAUUAGAGCUGUGCAUCGGAACCGACUACCCGACAGCAGAUGUCGGGAACUGGUUGCAGAGAUAGGGAUCGGGUUGAUUCAUUGGAUAGCACACACGCUGUAUUGAUCGUCACGUAGCCUACUCGGGUCUCCGAGAUUAAGGUCAACUUAGUGUAAAUUACAUGUUAUUUAAGAUGACCAAGUCGGUAUUCCUUUUUCAGAGGUUAAACAUUGCACAGUUUUUUUCCAACAUGUAAGGUUAUUGGCAUAUUAAAGUUUCUUCCAGAAAUAUUACUAUAGCCAAGUACUCCGUUGAUAUAAAGGAAAAACUUGAGUUUUCACGAAGCAAAUGCU